AUGCAUACAUGUUCUGUGUAACAUUGUAGCUACUGGGAAUCAACUUGUUGGUUUCAAUAUUAUCAAAGCUGAACCAGUCGAGCGGGUACCACUAUUCGGGAAUCUUGGUGUAAAUACAAGCAGUUUUAAUCUACAACCUGUAGGUUCGUUCUCGCAAUCACACAUCAGUAUGCAAACAUUAAGGCCUCAAAUGUCACCAGGGCGAACACCGUCCCCUAUGGAUUACAACCCAUCUCUGGUGCAACAAUCAUAUCAACCAAAUAAUGUUACACCAAUAAUACAACAACAACAACCAAAUAUGUUGAAUGUUCAAUUUUUUAAUGAAUCACCGUUAUCAGAUCAAUCGCAAUUAAAUCAGCAAGAAUUAAAUUUAUUAUUAAAUAAAGUAACACCAGAAAAUCAAGGUGGAUUACAGCCGUUAAAUAAUAUCGAUACCGCAGGAGCCUCAUGUCUGCUAGACAUGGACAGUCAGCAAUACAAUCUGAACUGGAAUUCCUCCGACUUUGUGGAUUUUGGAAACCUCACCGCAAAUUUGUCAAGUGGAUUAUUCAUUUCCGAUUCUAUACAACCUGAAGCGAACAACGCCGAAGAAAGAAACAUGAACGAGCGUAUUUCUUGGAUAAAUGUUAACCAAGAACUUUCCGUUUUGGAUAAUAAGAUACUCGCAACUAAUCGAGAAAAUGACGGCUGAGAAUAUAACUAAAGCAACUUUUUAUCAAAAAAUAUAUUUGGUACUACGUAGUACAUAGAAGCACUACUAUCUGCUACUAUUACUAUGAGAGAGAGAGAGAGAGGGGCGUUGCAGCACAUCUUUUAACAUAAUGUUAUUGGCUUAAUGCUAGAUUGGUCAAAGAAAUUAUGAUUAAGAAACUCACGUUUCAACUACAGUUUUAUGUACAUUAGUGUUUUCUUCACUGCCUUUGAAAAAAUCGAUUAUUUUUCUCAUAAGAAAUAAGCUAAAAGGACAUCCAUGUCCAACAC